GCGUCUUCUAGUCUCAAGCCGCUUCGGUUUGCUUCACUUUUCAAUUUCUCUUGUCUCGCCCACGACCAUGAAGACGGCUCUGAUCCUCUCUCUUGCGUCCGCCGUUGUCGCGAACACGCUUGAAGCCGAGACCAAGGUCGUUGACGUCUGGGGCCAAUGCGGCGGCAAAAACCACAACGGCGACACGACGUGCGCCAGCGGCUCCGUCUGCAAUUUCUACAACGAGUGGUAUUCGCAGUGCCAGCCCGGUGGCAGCGGCCGAGUCGGCCUCUGGGGCCAAUGCGGCGGGAAGUCUCAUACGGGCGACACACUCUGCACGCCCGGCAACGAGUGCAAGGUCUGGAACGACUGGUACUCGCAGUGCGUCCCUGGCACCGCAACACCGACGACGGCGCCUCCGGAGGACGUCGCAGUCCCGCUCAACUGGCUCCAAACCGAUGCCGUGUGCUACAACAAGAUGGACGGCGAUGGCGACACGGCGGCGAACGGCAUCACGUCGUACGAUGCUUGCAUCAUUGAAGCUAACAAGCGCGGCAAGCAGUUUGCCAACUGGGAUGGCGAGAAGUGCACUGUGCUCCAGAACGCCGACUCGUACAAGCUCAGCCGAUCGUGCAAGAGUGCGGCAAAGUUCGACAACGACAAGUGGCAGUGCUGGGGCAACCACGACUACUGGAAUAACGACGUAGGCAAGUCGACGACGAGCUUUGACAAGUGCCUCGCCGCAUGCGCAAACUUUAGCGAGGGCGGCAAGAAGUGCAACGCCGUGUACUGGGUGCAGCACUGGGACAGCGACAAAGGCGUCUGCAACUACAAGUACAUUGCCGACACGAGCAAGAAACCGUUCGUCGACGACAUUGGCGGAACCGCGUGCAUCCGCCGUGCGUAAAGUAGUCAGAAAUUUUAGAAUUCGUAUCGACGACAAUUGACUAAUCAUACACGCUCUUUCAUGUACAUA